UAAUUAUGGCGCUAUCUGAAACAAGAAUCAAGAAUGUCAACUGGCAGAAAUGGAGUGACGAGUUAAGCAAAUUUUCCAAAGAUGAACUCAUUAAAUUCAUCCUCAAGAAAUCCACCACUGAGAAGAGAGAAUUGGAGAAAUCUGUUGAGAUUAACAACAGAGAAAUUGCUGUAUUAGAGUCCUACUCAACACUUAUGUCUACUCUUAAUGAGCAUAUGGAUCCUGAAGAUCCAGACGAGACUCAAAAAGCAAAUCUCAGGAAGGCUAAGAAAAUUCAUGAUACAAAUGAUGGUAAAAGACUUCAGAUCAAGAAUAUCAAGGAGCAGAUUAAGAAAGAAGAAGAUAAGAUCGAGAAAAUUAAAAUUCCAAAAAUAGAGUGCAACAAUUCAAAAAGGGAGGCACAAAAUCAUAUCACUAAAAAGGUCCUCAAGAAAGCUAAGAAGCAAUACAAGAAAGGCUCAAAUAUGAUUGCUGUUCACUUGCUAGAGACUUUCUGUGGAUGUCUCAUUGGAAAAGAGAAAGCUAAUGAAGAAGAAGUAAUUCAUAUCCUCUCUGAUCAUGAUGAUUUAAUGAGCUCAAUGAAUAGGCUUGAGGAGUCUAAGAUCAACAGAGAGCACGCUAAGCAAUAUUCUGAGGUGCUCAAAGAAGUAAAGCAUCCAAUCACUGAGAAAGAGAAUUUGAAGCUGAUUCCAUUUUAUGUCUGGCUUGACAACGUCUUCAGGAACAUCAAAUACUCCAUUGAAGAGAAGCAGCAUAAACAAGAGAUUGAGAAACACAACAAUUCAAUCUACAGUCAUAACAAUGCCAUUGAACAGAAUAACAUUAUCUUGGAUCAUAUCGGUUAUGACCCAGUCCAACUCGAACACUACGAAAACGUAAUGGAAUUCUGGGACGACCAUUCUAGAACCAUCGACGAAGAUAACGGAGUAAAGAACGAGAAAAUUGACAGCUGGGACGAAGAGCAUGCUCAAGGCAUGGAAAAUCCAGAUAAGAAGAAACUAGAAGAAAAGAAAUUUGAAUUAAGAAGAGAAUAUCCAGAAAAAGGAAAGAGUGAACCAAGAAAAUCUAAACCAAAACCAGCAAAAGCCAAAGCCAAGAAAGAAGAAAGAAAGGCACUUCCUAAGGCAAGUGAGGAAUCUAAAGAUGAUGCUUCUGAUGAAGAGUCUGGUGAGGAUUACACUGGAUCUGGAGAUGACAAAGAUAACUCUGGAUCUGAUGCAGGAUCUGAUGCUGGAUCUGAUGCAGGCUCUGAUGCAGGAUCUGAAGAAGAAUCAUCUGGAGAAAAUGAAGAACCUAGUAAUAGCGAUGAAGAUUCUGGAUAAGUUUACCAUAACGAAGGUUUAUAUAAACCACUAUUCA